AUGAGAGCUCACCAUUGUUCACGGGAAGCGAGAAGACGAUGGUCAAACGCAGAAGAUGGGGCGCUGGUUACUGCGUGGUUAAACACCAGCAAAGAUGGCGUCAUUGCAAAUGAACAGAGAGCUUCUGCGUUUUGGAAAAGGGUUUGCAACUACUACCAUGGGUGUACUGCGGUGAAGGAUUUACCGCCACGCGAGUGGAAUUCUUGCAAGCAGAGAUGGACGAAAAUAAACAAGGAAGUGCAGAAGUUUUGCGGAUGCUUUGACCAGGCGAGGCGUCAAGCUACAAGCGGCCAAUCCGAUGAUGAUGUGUACCAGAUGGCUUACAAGUUCUAUAACCAGGAUAUGAAGACCAACUUCAUCUUAGAGCAUGCGUGGAGAGCUCUUAGAAACGAUCAGAAGUGGUGUUCUCUUUAUAGAGAUAAAGGCAAAACUCAGACCAAAAGAUCACAGCCAGCUGGUUCCGUAGACGGCGGUGCCAUGGAGGAACAAGUUGAAGAGAGACCAAUUGGUGUGAAGGCAGUAAAGGCUGCAAAGUUCAAAGCAACUAAGACCGUGAAGAGAACCACCGAAGACAGGAGGCUGCUAUGA